UCAAUUCUCUUUUGUGCUUUGUCUCAGGUACUGGAGUCACAGAAAAAUUUUAUACCAACGUGCUGCGGACGAGCAUGAAGCUUCAUCGUCCCUGAGUUCAAAGUCGCCGAAAACGAUCACAUGCAUUGUGGGUGACCGUUUUGAUUUCUGUCCACUCUUUUGAGCUGACCGGAUUUGUCGAGACGGUACCGUGUUGGGUCUAUAAAUAUUGUAGCUUUUAUGCCAGUGACGACUUCCAGCGUUCCUAUCAGCCCCCUUCCCGGGUUAGUGAGCAUGGCCACUUUGGCCGAGCAGGCGGCCAAGCUUCUGGAUUUCAACCAGAAGCUCGACAUAAGUCUUCUAGACACCGUUGUCGGUUGCAUGUACAAUGGAACUGGAGAUCAGCAAAAAAUCGCCCAGCAAGUGCUCAACUCCUUGAAAGAACAUCCAGAAGCGUGGACAAGGGUCGAUGCAAUUCUUGAAUUCUCGCAAAAUCAAGAAACGAAGUACUACGCCCUGCAGAUUUUAGAAAAUGUCAUCAAAACGCGAUGGAAAGCUUUACCUAGGAAUCAGUGCGAAGACCCAGUGAUGCCAGUUGUAGAUCGUCGGAAAGAAAUUUUCAACGCGAAUUAUUUUCUCGCAUCCGUAGGGAUUAAAAAGUAUAUUGUGUCGCUGAUCAUCAAGACGUCGUCCGACCCGCAGACAUUGGAAAGGGAGAAGAUGUAUCUCAGUAAACUGAACACUAUUCUCGUUCAAAUUUUGAAGCGAGAAUGGCCAAAGAAUUGGGAAUCUUUCAUUCCUGACAUCGUUGGAGCCAGUCGAACGAAUGAGAGUAUGUGUCAGAAUAACAUGGUGAUACUGAAAAUUUUAUCAGAGGAAGUUUUCGACUUCUCCACUGGUCAAAUGACCCAGACCAAAGCGAAGCAUCUCAAGGACUCCAUGUGCUCCCAGUUCUCGGCCAUUUUUCAGUUGUGUCAAUUCGUUCUCGAUACGAGCCAUAAUGCUCCCCUUGUCGGAGCAACACUAGAAACUUUGUUACGCUUUUUAAACUGGAUUCCGUUGGGGUAUGUUUUUGAGACGAAGCUGAUCAGUACGCUCAUCCUGAAAUUCUUCGUCGUCCCGAUGUUCCGGAACGUCACGCUGAAAUGCUUGACAGAGAUCGCGGGCAUCAAAGUUCCGAACUACGAUGAAAUGUUUAUCUUGCUUUUCACCCAGACAAUUGAGAAACUGGACAGCAUCAUGCCGCCGAAUGCCAACUUCAAGGAGGGCUACGCUUCUGGCAGAGACGCUGAACAACAGUUCACUCAGAAUUUGGCAUUGUUCCUUUGCACGUUCCUUAAAGAGCAUGGGUGUUUGAUAGAGAAAAAAGGCUUGACAGAAAAACUUAUGACUGCCUUGCAAUACUUGGUGAUGAUCUCUGAGGUAGACGAUGUGGAAAUUUUCAAAAUUUGUCUGGAAUAUUGGAAUGCGCUCGCGACGGAACUUUAUCAAGAGAAGCCGGUCACAAUCUUCAGCAGUGAUCCGCUCCUUCGCCUGACGAAGCCGACUCCAGAAGUUGUACCACGAAAAGCAAUGUACCAGCCAGUCCUCUCGAAGGUACGCUUGAUCAUGAUUUCGAGAAUGGCGAAGCCGGAAGAAGUUUUGGUCGUCGAGAAUGAGCAUGGUGAAGUGGUUCGAGAGUUCAUGAAAGACACCGAUGCCAUCAACUUAUACAAGAAUAUGCGUGAAACCCUGGUUUAUUUGACGCAUUUAGACUACGUUGAUACUGAACGGAUCAUGGCCGUUAAAUUGCAGAAUCAGGUCAACGGAGUAGAAUGGUCAUGGCGUAAUCUGAAUACGCUGUGUUGGGCAAUCGGUUCCAUUUCCGGUGCUAUGCAUGAAGAGGACGAGAAGAAGUUCCUGGUGACAGUGAUCAAGGCAUUGCUCGGACUUUGUGAGCAUAAAAAGGGCAAGGACAACAAAGCCAUCAUUGCCUCCAAUAUUAUGUACAUCGUAGGCCAGUAUCCGCGUUUCUUGAAGGCUCACUGGAAGUUCUUGAAAACGGUUGUCAACAAGUUGUUCGAAUUCAUGCAUGAAACGCACGAGGGCGUUCAAGACAUGGCUUGUGACACGUUUAUAAAAAUUUCAAUGAAGUGUAAGAAGCAUUUCGUCCAGUGUCAAGUUGGAGAGCAGAAUCCAUUCAUAGAGGAACUUCUGAGUAUGAUCAGCUCGAUCAUAUGUGAUCUUGCGCCACAUCAGGUCCACACGUUUUACGAGGCUGUUGGGUACAUGAUUAGUGCUGAAAUGAACACAUCGAAACAGGAACAACUCAUCGAGCGGUACAUGCUGCUUCCGAACCAAAUUUGGGAUGACGUGAUCAAUCAGGCAUCUAGUAAUGUGGAGAUUCUGAAAGACCCUGCGGCAGCCCGGCACCUUGUCAAUAUUUUGAAAACGAAUGUUCGUGCCUGUCGAGCAAUCGGGCAUCCGUAUGUGGCCCAGCUGAGUCGAAUCUACUUGGACAUGUUGAACGUGUACAAGGUGAUGAGCGAAAACAUAAGCGCUGCAAUCGCGAUGAACGGGGAGGUUGUAACCAAGCAGCCGCUGAUCAAGAACAUGCGAGUCGUCAAGAAGGAAACGUUGAACCUGAUUUCGUCCUGGGUCUCACGCACGACGGACUGUCAAAUGGUCCUGGAUAACUUCAUACCGCCUCUGCUGGAAGCUGUGCUAUUGGACUAUAGUCGUUGUCCAGUUCCGUCUGCCCGUGAGCCGGAAGUUUUAAGCACCAUGGCAACUAUCAUCACGACACUAAAAAACAACAUUACUCCUCAAGUCCCAAAGAUUUUUGACGCUGUAUUCGGUUGUACGCUGGACAUGAUCAACAAGGACUUCGAAGAAUUUCCGGAGCAUCGGAUUAACUUUUACCAGCUCCUAAAGGCGGUGAAUCUUGAUUGUUUCCCUGCACUUCUGAUCAUACCACAAGGGCAAUUCAAGCUUGUCAUGGAUGCUGUCAUCUGGGCCUUCAAGCAUACGAUGCGAAACGUUGCUGACUGUGGACUGCAGAUUUUGCAGCAGUUGUUCCAGAAUAUGUCUACAUUCGACGUCGCUCAAAGGUUUUAUCAGGCGUAUUUCAUGGAAAUUUUGCAGCAUCUGUUCUCUGUUGUUACUGAUACAUCGCACACAGCCAACCUCCUGAUGCAUGCCAACAUUCUCGCAUACAUGUUCUCGUUGGUCGAGAUGAAAAAGGUUGAAGUUUCUCUGAACCCUAACCAGGUUGCCGGAGAGCCUUAUGACAACGUCGCUUACGUUCAGGCAUACGUGGCGGAAUUGUUGAAGAAUGCCUACCCUCAUUUGACGCCCGGUCAAAUCAAGGUGACAGUUCAGGGCUUGUUCAACUUGGACCAGGAUGUGCCGGCGUUCCGAGAACAUCUGCGCGAUUUCUUAGUGCAAAUCAAGGAAUUCACCGGAGAGGAUGACUCAGAUUUGUACCUUGAAGAACGAGAAACCAACCUGCGCCUGGCUCAAGAAGAGAAGAGACGGCAACAGUUGGCCGUCCCCGGGAUCAUUAACCCCCACGAAAUCACGGAAGAGAUGCAAGAUUGACAUGGCACUGCAGAUUUGAUGCGUUUUAGGCCCUUUACCCCUUUUUCUUACGUGUAAUUUACUGGAUUAUAAAACCGUUAAAGUUCGAUAUCUAUCGGCUGAGGUCCACUUGAUAAAACGGUCGUUGAUGCCCGUGAUGCAUUGGCUUUUAUUUUAUUUUAUUUUAGUACAAGCAUUAUUAAGUAUUUACAUGUUCGUCCAACCUUGUGAGUCACUUCAUUUAUACUCACCCUUUUCUAUGCUGCAACCAUUUUUUCGCGUUCAAAUUGAUGGGAAAGUUCGGAGCAAACUUGAUGAGAUUCACUGCUGGCGAUGGAAGUGAAGAAUCGUGCAGCGUUUCCCUUGUGAUCGAAUCCUCGAUUGUGCAUGAAUCGAAAUUAAUAAAAACCCGUUUAGGCAUUUUGUACUGGUUCUCUUGGCAAUCUCCGCAAACGCUCGAAGAGGAGACCUAUUGUUUCUAAAACGGAGAAUUUUUUUCUGAGCAUCUUCCGGGAAAAAUGCGUUGGGUGUUGCGCGUUUCUUGUGAUAGCUCGACGUAGGUUAGCUUGGUUUCCCCCAUGCAGCUCCGGGCGAGUGAAUGAGCGAAAAUCCGUCAUGGUGUUCGUUCGUUUGGGUCGCCAUGAACGACACUUUGGCGGGAGUGUGAUUUUCCCGGAAAGAUUGUUUUUUUCGUUAUGAAGGUUUUCUCUUCUCCGUAAUCCGAACCUAUUUGUAUCGAUCGUGCUGAGUGCUUGUUCGACUAUUUUGAGAACUGCGUGAAUCUAUUAUGCAUCAAUGCAAGCGGCAUUGGUUCUCGGAAGUUCAUUUUCGCGGGUUUGAAUGUUCACUAGAGCUACCUAUGUUCUGUGCUAGGGUCUGUGAGUGUUGAUCUCUGAGUGACGGUUUUCUUCGUGUGUUGAAUGAGCAAGCAGAGGAACAACCUUUUGGAUCUUCAUGGAAUGACAGACUUCUGUUUCUGUGUUGAAUAAGCUUGAGUCCUUGGUGGUGUUCUGCGUUAAUUCACUAUAAUAGAGAGAAGAAAUGGAAGCAAUGUUCGAAUAUCGAAAUUUUUUGUCCAACGACGGACGCCUGCUAGCAGGUAAAAAAUUUUUAGAAAUCCUCCGAGAACAUGCUACUGUUCUUGUUACGCUGGCAAUAUGUGGAACGUAUCACUUUUGCGAAGAAUCAAUGCCGACUUUGUUCCAGAGGAGUUGAUGGAAACCUAUUUUUUCCGCUCCCGUGGUUCCUUGGCCGAUAGCUGUCUUUCUUUUCAACGUUUCCGCUGUCUUUCCCCAUGACGUUAACUGUCUUGAUCUGAAUUGACCCGGGUCUUCGAUAAAGUCAGUUCAUCCCUGAUAACGCGCUAGGACUGUUUUUUUUUACCGUUGUCGUGUUGAAUUGAUUUUGUAUCGUUUUUAUCCCAUUUCUCUGCCUAUUUUCUGUGUACUUUCGUCAUGAUCAUUGCGCACUCGGGAGCCGAUGCAGACCAUCGCGGCGGUAGCUCUGAAUUCCGGGACCUGAAGGUUUUUGAAGUUUUUCCUGGCGGUUGAAAAGUCGCCGGAAUACGUUUGAAUGCAAGUGAUUGACUCGUUUAUAGAAGGUUGCUUCUGAGAACUGUUGUCCCGGUCGGGGUCUUCUGAACUUGGCGAUGAAUUCGAAGGGUGAAGAGCGAAAUACAAAAUGAUUGAAGUUCUCGA